AUGCCACUGGACUCCCAACAGGAGACCACCGAGCCAACGACCCAAUCACUUCCGAAAAGGCUGGGGAGAAGGGAACCUACUAAUCGACCGUUCAAAUCCCUCCCAGACAGAACAUUAAGUGUCGCGGGUUGGGGCUUUCUCGAUGGAUCGUCUAGGAUGGUCCUAUUCAGCGUUCCUAUACAUUGGUUCUUGAUGAAGACCAAUAGAUUCUACCGCAAGCGCCUCACGCCGCAGUUUCGAGUGUACAUACAAAUGAGUCUCUUGAUUGUCGCGGGCUGUGUCUACGCGGAAGACGCCGUCAGAAAAUACAACGAUGCUCAUCGGAGAUUGUACAAGUCACUCGAGGUGCAGGAGGCGGCGCUGGCUAAGAUGCGCGAGAUCCGCGAGGAGGCGGAGCAACAGAGGGAAGGCCGGUGA